AUGGGUCCGUGGGGACAGCAUUGGACACCUGGUGUGAGUGGCUGUCUUGCCAAAGCCGAGAAGACACUCGAACAGCUGCCGGAAACCCUUGAAGCUCGAGUUCAAGGGACGAUCCGAUCCGUUACCCGCUGCCGACCGGAAUUCCUGCUGGCUGUUGGCGUGAAUCGCAUCAUCGAGGCAGCACUAUCUCGGCACGAUCUGUAUGCGGUCGCCGCCAAGCCGAUCCCAGCCGUGAGCGGUCAUCACAAGCGCAGCACAGCAUUGCCCACCGCACCUCAGCGCCAGAGCAAGCAAAGCACGCCAUUCACAGCGCCAGCCUCCAGCCCGUCGAACAGCUGGAACGACAUUGAAGCCGAUCCGAGCUGCGAGCGAUCAUCACCAGUACAGCACACCAUUGUACUCGCGGAGAUACCGCAUCCCAGCGUCAGAGCAAGCAAAGCAGACGAUCAACAGCGCCAGCCAUCAGCCACCAGCCCGCCGCUCGCAAUCCGUAUCGCCAUCGCACCGUGGAGAUCCGUUCUGUGGGUAACGUCUGAGACUGUGCAGGCGGAGAGUCGGAGAGCGUUGGAAAGAGAACAACUACACUUGAAAGAGGAGAGAAACUUGUAUACCCAGAAGCUGUACGCUGAGAGGAGCUAUAGCAAUGCCAUCAGACUCUGCGGCGUCAUCCAUCAACGUUUUACCUACCGUAUGCUCUUUCCCCCAAACCCCAAAGUAAGCCAGACCUUGGCGCUCUCAUCACACAUAUCACCAAGUUGGGACUCGCUUGAGCGGACAAGAGCGUCACGAUAUACUCGAGAAGAGACAGAGAGAAACAUCCAACACCGACCACCCAGUAUGGUACAGUACAGUGUUGAGCUCAAGCCGAACACCGAGGGAGAGCCAAACUCGCCCGCCCAAUAUGAUACAGCCCAAAUCAAGUCAACGCAAACGCAACCCACCCAGUAUGGUACAGUUUUGAGCUCAAGCCGGACACCAAAAGCAAAACCAAACUCGCCCGCCCAAAAUGAUACAAACCAAAGCAAAGCAACGAAAACGCGAGCCACCCAAUACUCAUACACUGAAAACGCAAAGCAAAGCAUCCACCCAAAUCCAAACCCAACCCCGAAAAACCAGAAAGCGAAAACCAAACCCAACCUCCCACACCCACAAAACUAUCCAAACUACCCACACAACCCAGCAAAGCAACCCUACUCGCUUGCGCGCCCACAAAAAAUUGAACAAAGGCUAUCCUCACAACGGACUGCAGAUCCUUUCUUUCGGAAAACUGCGAAAUUGCUAGGGCGGGAACGGGGGUGGAGUCUGAGAUUGGGAAGGAGAGAGAAGGGAGGGGAAGGUUGGUUGAUGGGUUCGAUGGCGGCCGCCAAGAGUUUGGGGAUUGAGGACAGGAAGUUCGGGGGACGGGUAAAGGAGGAGCGAAUGAGAGAUACGCCUCCCACGCAUAAUCCUAGAACAAGUACAAGCACCAAAACCCAGCCCUCGGAAAUCACUGAGCUGGCCAGACUCAGCGGAGCCCUGAAGACAGGAUGCGUAACCAGCAUGGACAUGAUUCUCCACCGCUACCUUCUAUGCUCCUCUGACGGAGGUGGCAAGUGGGCAGAUCAAGCUCUUCGCCGGCCUUCUACGCUCCUCCACAUCUCCCUCCUCGUCUCCCUCCUCACGGUACCCACCUUCCCUGUCCCCGCGUACCCGCUCCUCACCGACCUUCCAUACGACAAUCAGGCUUUUGCUCGGCGCGAUAGACAGAUGGGAGUGGUGUGGGCCAAUCAGUCACAGCCGGUUGGAGUGGUAUGCUCAUCUGACUACCCUCUCUACACUCGCUCACUUUCGGGCAAGGGUGAUCAGUCCUUGAACAAAUGGGAAAGGAAGAGCAGGAAACAAGCAAUGAGAUCAGUCGCGGCCAUAAUUGCUCAGCGCGGUGCACAAAUGGGCGUGGGCCGUCGGGCCAGGGAGCAGGGAACAGGCGAUGAGAUCGGCCACAGCCAGGCUUGCGCAGAGUCGUUGUUGUUGGAUGGUAGCGGCGUUGAGCAGGGCUUGAUCUGCUCGGAGCCUGCUUACGGCAUCGCAAAUGAGCUGGAUUCGAGAUCCACGAACACUUUGGGAUUCUCAAGAUCGGACAGAUUGAUGUUUGAAGAGACAGGGCUCAUCACACGUUGCGAGCAAGCAUCACGGCUGGAUGCAAAGGCGCCCCUUGUGAUUCAGCAUUUGGGGAGGCGAUGGGGCAAGCGAGCGAGUUACGACAAGUCCAAUCACUCUACACUAGGGCUUAUGUGGCUCGAAGAGCCACAUGAGAAGCCUAAGGCGACGAGUAGCUAA